AUGAAGCGAAGCCUGGUCAUCGCUGUCCUCUUAUUCACCCUCCUACCCGGCUGUACAUUCCUUGGCUGGUGGUUAGCAAGGAAAUUCUUUCAAGAAGAAUUCGACCGGUAUGAUCGUGGGAGGCUGGUAGCAGAUAUUCUCAAUGCGCGGGCAGCAGCAGCACCUAAUGGAGGAGGAGGAGCAGGUGGUAAUGGUGGUGGUGGAGAAGGAGGAAACGGUGCAGCUGCGGCUGCGGCCCCUCCAGCUCCAGCUCCAGAGCCAGCUCCAGAGCCAGAGCCAGCUCCACCUCCAGCGGCAGCUUAG